UCUCCGUUCUUCCCCGCCCAGCCAUGCCGCUGCCCCGCGCCUCGCCGUUGCUCUGCGCCGCCCUGCUCCUCGGCCUGCUCCUGCCAGCCGCCGCCGAGUCGGUGAGAGAAACUGAGACCAUGGAUGCCCAGUGGCUGGACUACCCUGCCUCUGGAGACUUGCCAGACGAUGAAGACAUUGGCGAGUUCAGGCCCCACUUAACUUCUGAUGAGCUAGAUAUAGAUGAGACAUCUGGGUCUGGAGACUACUCAGACUCCGAAGAUGCCAUGUAUCUGACCACCAUGGAUACUCCUCUGAUAUCUGACAACUCUAUCCCUGGAGAUACUGACAGAAAGAUAGAAGGUGAGAAGAAAAACACGAUGGUGGACAAUGAAAUCAUUCCAGACAAAGCUGUACCUGUGGAAGAGAACCUGUCCAACAAGAUCUCCAUGGCAAGCACAGCCAACAGCAGCAUCUUUGAAAGAACAGAAGUCCUUACAGCUCUCAUUGCAGGAGGGGCAGUGGGCCUUCUCUUUGCUGUCUUCCUGAUCCUCCUCUUGGUCUACCGCAUGAAGAAAAAGGACGAAGGCAGUUACGACCUCGGGAAGAAGCCCAUCUACAAGAAAGCCCCAACAAACGAGUUCUAUGCUUAAAGCUCAGCAGCACCUCCAGCCCUUCCAGGGCGGAACAGACUGUAUGGAAACACUGUGCCCUCAGCUGAGAUGUGCUGAACAAAUGCUCUUUUGGGAUUGAAUUUCAACGUGACUUUGAGAAGCAAUCAAUCUUUCUCCGUGACCCUUUCCAUCCUGCUCAGCCAGCAAGGGCCCAAAGAAAUACAAAUGGUCUGAAAACAGCC